AAGUCUAUGGUCAAAAGAAAAACAAAAACAAACAGGGUCGAGGUUCCUUCUUUGAAAUAUGAUUUUAUUGGACUUUAAUAAGAGUAAUAAAGUUAUAUACAUAAUUUAAUAUGUCUCAAAAACUUAGAGUGAUUGAUUUAUAUAAAAGAUUGCUUCAUUUGGGAAAAGAUUAUCCUUCAGGAUAUGCGUUGUUUCGGUCAAAGUUGCAUAAUGUAUUUUUGAAGAACAGCAAAGAAAGUGAUCCUGAAAAAAUUGAGCGAAUGAUAGAACAUGGAGAAUAUGUUAUUAAAGAAUUGGAGGCCUUAUAUAUGUUGAAGAAAUAUAGAACUCUAAAGAGUCGUUAUUAUGAUAACUGAAGUUUUCAUUAGUAUUCGAAGUUAAAGGAAUCUUAAUAAAAAAUUUCUUUAAAGCAAA